AUGUCUUAUAUCUGUAUCAACUGCUCUUACCCUUUACCGAACCUAUACACGACCUACAGCAAAGCAGACGACAGAACGCUCGGCAAGGGUGUUCGACUUACCCAGUGUCCGAACUGUAAGCGCUUUGCGGACAAAUAUGUUGAGCAUGAUUAUGUGGUGCUAUUCAUUGAUUUGGUAUUGAUUAAGCCUCAGGUCUACCGUCAUCUCCUCUUCAAUCGUCUGAAUUCUUCCACCUCCUCGCCCACCAAGUCCAGCUCAAUUACCGACAAACUCGACCCGUCAAUCCUUCGCCUUGGCAUCCUCCUAGUCCUGUUCGAUGUCUACAUCACCUGGGCACGGAUUGAGAAAGGCAAUGACGCUUCGAACACGAAGGAGACAUCACAAGCCGCGAGCACAGUACUGACAUCCUGGCCUAUUGUGGGACAGUAUUUGUUCUUCCUCACACUCAACGUUGUCGCGACCCUGGCACAGCACUUCACGAUUCGACUCCUAGCGCACUACAUCCUGCGAAAAAAGAGUAUGGAAGACAGGCACACGGGUAGGCUAUCCGCAAAAGAAACGAGUAAUGUUAGGGAUUUAAGAGCUCACUCACGGCAUACGUCCUCCGAACUAAUCUCACCUGCUUCCACUUCCAGUGCACAUCCAACGCAAGCAUUACCACAUCCUCAAGACAGCAGUGAAUUCCAAAGUCUCACACCUGCCGUCCGCCACGCCACUCCCAGCGCUAUCUCGACGGCACUCCUAGUCUCCAGCUGUACCAAGCUCUUCCCUAUCCUCCUCGUCAUAUGGCCCACAUCCUCGUCUUCUUCAGCAGAGAAAGAUGGACCAUUCGCUUCUCGUGCUGCAUCAUAUAUCAGCUGGGUUGUUCUAGUGAACAAUAUCGAGGCUUUAUUGAUUCUGCUUGACUGCGGAUAUAUCAUCGCCACCGGCUUAGCGAUGGCCGGAAUGCUAAGUCGGUGGCUGGUAGAAGGUUGGUUGUUGGGUGCGGUUGGAUUGAGAAGAGAUGAUGGCGGACCUAUCGGCGAUCUGGUAAGCCUGCUAGGAUGGUGA